UAAUUCUAAAUAGGUAGAAUUUACUUAAUUCAUGGCCUUGCAUUUCAGCCACUUUGCAGAGCUUGGCAUUUGUGUAAUCAAGAUCCUCUGUUAAGGCCUUAUGUGUCAUCAGGAUUUUUGAGGAUUUGUCACAGUCUCAUAGGACUACUCAAAUCAUCAAGAUUUCUUAUCAAAAGUAUUGAUAAGUUGGUACUCAAUGGGAAAUGUGUUGCAAGAUCUUCUGAAGACUUGGAUUUUGAUGCUGAACUUUGAAGUGUCAGUAAACAUCUUUAGAUAUUUGUCCACUCUUUGCACACUGGGUGAACAGUAAAUACCAUUGUGUAUAUGGCUAUGUAUGUCCAGGUGUUGAUGAUUCACUUUACACUGUGUGAUAAAAUAAUAUGUUUUCCUUAUAUCAUUCUUCAAAAAACAACUUUUUAGAUGAUUAUGUUUUUUACUCUGUCUCUUGUCAUUGUGAUUGUAAUGGUUUAUCAUUAAAUCAUUAAUCUGGCUGACUGCAGAUUCAAGUUCAAAUGUUGUCAUGGUAGCAGCAACUUUUUUAUUAGCAGUAAUUGGAGAAGGCAAGUAGGCAACAAGUGCUAAAAUGGCUGUUCCUCAACUUGGAGGAGAGACAUCACAUGCCCAUCCAGCAUGUACCUCAAGAACUAGCUGCUGGUCAGUCCUUCAGUUCCUGAUGCUCCAGCUGACAUUCGCCAUCAAUCUUGUCAUUAUCUUUGCUCUAACUCCAUUUAGAUUUCUUAAGUGGAGCACAAUAAAACUUGUGAAUCUUCUCAGCUUCUUCACAACUGAAACAAGAAUAUUCCUGUACAGUCUCCCUUUCCACCUGAAGUUCAUAAUUUUGAUCUGGAUAAUACUAAGUACUUCUCACAUUAUUUUGGAUGUGUGCCUUCUCACUCCCGUUCUGCACCAGAUACACAUUCCAUGGACACAAAGGUCUGCUCAAGGAAUUGUGUUUGGGGUGUUUUCUGGUCGUGACCAUUUCCUACAACGUCUGGCUGUUCGCAACACCUGGGCUUCUGAUCUAAGUCAUGUCUCUGAGCCAACAGUGCAGUCUGAUCUUGUUUUUGUUGUGGGUGCAGAUGACUGCCACAUACAUCCCAAGUUAAGAGUCCCCUCUUACAAGUGUCAGGCACCAUUCAACAAUGGUAGCUUCUUGGCCAACUGGACUUCAAUCUCUUCUGCAAGCUUCUCCAACCCCAAGAAGACUGCCUCACCAUGCAUCACAGGCAUUAGCAUCAUGGCACUUACUGAUAUUUUUUUGUCGUCUGUUGUAGUCUCCGUUAGACAAGGUGAAGGUAAAAUUAAAAUAAUAGUCUCAUCUGACAAGCAAGAAGUGUUCACAACAGAGCCUAGUGAAUUCUUAGAUGGAAGUCAAGUGGCUUCAGUUCAAAAAUUUCUGUCUGAAGGAGAAGAAGUUCAAAUUAGUGUUCAACUGCCAGAUCAGUUGUGCCUGGUUCCUGCUGCUGAACAUUGUGAGUGGCUGAAUGGGUCAUCAUCUGUCGAGUACAGCUCUGUGGAACUCAGCGAUGGCCGUCACCUGCCCUGGUCUGAAGGACUAUGUGCUCCCUUCUAUCUCAAUUUCGAAAAUGGAGCUGACAAGUGCGAGACGCUCUGGACGCAGCAUGCAAGUCAUUGUUAUUCCAAGUUCUACUCGAAGAAGAGCUGGCACGAGGCGGCCGAGACCUGCCGCUUGUUCGACGCCGAGCUCGCCAGCAUCUCCUCACUGCAUGAAAAUACAUUUUUGGCAGCCUUUACCUUGGAGGAUGCUUGGAUCGGCCUGAGUUCAGAGGAGCUGUCAUCAUCGUUCGUAUGGACGGACGGCAGUGACGUCACCUUCACCAACUGGGACAGCCUGGAACCCAACAACAACUAUGGCCGUGAACGCUGUGUGCAGCUGAUGUCAAGGUCAGGCUUAUGGAACGACUUCUACUGCUCCACUCCCCUGAAUUUUGUGUGCAAGAAGAAGCGAGUUAAAGAGCAAAGCCUGCGUGGGAAGUAUUCUGAGACACAACAAGCGCGUCUGCAGCGUGAGUGGCAGCAGAAGUUGGAGGGACAGAGGCAGCAGAUGUCGGAGGAGCUGCGCCUGUACGGAGACCUGCUGGUGGUGCCUGGUCUCUCGGACGAUCCCCAGCACCUGCCCCUUAAGCUCCUCGCUCUGCUGCAGUGGACGGCUGCCGUUCACCCUGGCUACUGGCUCUUCAAGACUGACGACGAUGUGCUCGUGAACGUUCGACGCCUCAUGGCCCUUCAUGCGUCUACUCGUCUCGAUAACGAGUGCGGUGCAGUGGUCUCACAUUUCGAGCAUCAAGAGCCCGUCCCACGUUUUGGUCGUUGGGCGGAACUUCAAUAUUCGGCGAAUUCAUUUCCUUCUUGCCCCUCUCAUGCGGGCUACCUCAUUAAUGACGAGGUGGUGUCGGGUCUAGCGUCGCUGGCGUCAGGUUUGCGGACGUACUCGUCGGAGACGUCCUCGCUCGCCGUGUGGUUGUCGUCUCUCACUUUCCCCUGCGCCGCUCGUCGCGACCUCGACUGGCGGCAGGUCUUCGCCUUGAUCUUCGGCCCUGCCCGCGUCGCUGCCGCAGGUCUCCUGGAUAUCUUAGAAGGAAUGUUCCUCGCCAAAAUGCCUGUGUCAAGAGCGUCGAUGAUGUCGUCUUCGGCAGCGCGGCUCAGCGAUAUCGUCUCCUGCGCCGCUCCCGCGCGCCUCGUCUCGGAGCCCUGCUGGCUUCGUGAUCCCCACGAGUGUCACGACCAGUUCGUUGUUGCCCCCAACCUCUCCGUAGACCAGAUGGACCAUUUGUACAAGACCUCGUAGCUGCAAAUCUCUCGGAGGAACUCGUGCACUACUUGUACGAGUAAAUUUUAUUGACAUAGUGGAAUUUUGAACGUCCAGGGUUUCUAUGAGAUCUCACAGUGGCCUCUCUUGAUUCGAAUUCCCCUCGACUCAAAUUCUAUCCAAUGUUUUCUGAGUGCGUGCAGCAUUUAUGCCCCCGUGCGUUCGCCUCGGCGCGUCGCUCUUGCAAUAUUUCUUUGCAACGUGUGGGCAACUGGCUACCUAAGCUGCAAACUUCCCAGUGGCGCCCACCCGACUUUUUGACUUGAAUACCCACCCGACUUUUUUGACUUUGAGCGUUCACCACAUAUGGCGCGAGCUGUGGCUGAACACGAGAAACAAUAAACUGAGAACAAUCAAGGACAGUGUAACAACAUGGAGCUCAUCUUAUCAGAGAUCUCGACAAAUGGAGAUAGCGCUGUGUAGACUGAGGAUUGGCCAUACGCGCCUCACCCAUGGCUACCUGAUUGAGCGACGCCCUAUACCAUAUUGUGACGACUGCCUGGUGCCCCUGACAGUUCUGCAUGUCUUGGCGGAGUGCCCUAACCACAACGACAUCCGACAAAACUGCUACCCCAACACAUCCGCCCUUGAUCAUGACGAGAUGCUCACUAGAAUGCUGCGAGAGGACCGGCGAAGUAACUUCGAAACCGAUAACCUUAGACGAUACCUGAUGGAAUGCAACCUGCUGCCGGAGAUUUAGCAUGACCCCGUAACGUCACCGCCUGUCGGUCAUAUGCACUUGCACCACCGCCUUUAGCGAGACUAUAAGUGCACCGUCCCAUCACCUAGACCAGGCCUCACUAAACUUGUGCCGGAGUUGAAAUCAGUUGAUACAUGAAGUCGGAGCGGACCCUCGCUCCAUGAGCAGGGAAUCUACCGCCCAGCCCCUGCGCCUAAAAUGGAUCAGGCUAUAAGCCUUGAAGACGGAAGAAACCAAACAUCUUUGACGUAACUGAAGAUCUCACCUCCGGCGCGAAAUAGAUAGCUAUCUGAAGCGCUAGUAAAUCUACUACUACUACUACUACUUUGACUUGAAUAUUAUUUCAUUUCUUACAAGUUACCGACCAAUGCUGUGCUAACCAGCCAUUAUUUGUGUAUAGUGCAAUAGACUUGUUUUAAGUUUCUCUGUUCAUACUGCUUGUUGAUUAAGUGUUCUUUUAACUCCAAUUCUCAUCUCAGAUUGUGAUUUCAUUGUUUUUUAAUUCGAGACGAAUUUCAAUUUUCUCGGGACUUCAAUUUAUCACGGAUUGUGAAACAACGUCUCUUAGAGCUAAUAAUUAAUUUCAUAUUAUUUAUAUACCAAAUUACUAACUGUGAUUAGGAAUUCUUAACCAACAACUUAAGGUAUUAUAGUUUUAGUUCGUCGUGAAUAAUUAAAGUAUUUUGCUAUUAGGACCACUUGACUCACUCUUGAGUUCAGAAGCCACUCGAAUGUCCCCUACCACGACCAGCGAUUUCCUCGCGAUGAGAGAUUAUUUAUAAACCAUGUUUUCUUUAUGAUCUGACCUUUACUGGCAUUUGUUGAAGCCACACAUGUACAUCGCACAUUAACGUCUGCGAUGUCAUCUACGUUUUACUCGAGUUAUCUAAGUCGUCUUUUUUAUUUCACAUGGGAAGGUUCGGCCCCUAUCUAUUCUCAACGUGAAACGAUUCGUUGUUCUACUCAGUGCUACAUGUGUUCGUUUUUGCUUCUAUUUCUAUUCAUGUUGUGUAACUCUAAUUUUAAGUAGUUUAAGUGGUGUAAGCUUGCAGUGAUUUUAUUCUUAGCUAUAACCAACACUUUUCUCUUGCUGUACAAGUGGUUGAUUUUUCGUUGCUAUUUUGUUUUUAUUGUUGAUGCAGCGGAUUUCAAUUUUAGAUCUAACACAGAGCCAAGACCAAAAAAAACAGCUUUAUCUAAUUUUUUUGGGCAUUGAUUUCUUAGUAUAAUAAACUAUUCAAACCAAGCCUGAACACUGAAAAGCGUCAAGUAGUGCCGAGGGGUUUUGUUUUGCAGCAGGUCCACUUCAGACGGUAAUAUUUGACUGAGCGUCUCUGCUUUGAUGUUGACUGGAAUUCUUUCUCUCCUUGAUCGCAAUUACUGACUGGCAUUUUGUGGACAGUGUAAAUUAUUUCUCUUCAUUUAAUAAGUGCUGGCAAUUAAACAUCGUCCGUUAAUGUUUCUGUGAUGCCUGCAUAACGCUGAUGUCUAAAUGUGACAUUAAGGCGCGGUUCUAACUG